GUCUGACGUAUCAAAUGCGACGAGGAAAGAGAGAGAGCGUGUCACGUGUCACGUGGUUUGAGUGUGGACAACAACAGCUGAUCAGCUGAUCAGCUGACGAGUCGAUAAGAGGAGAGUUUAAAAGUGAUUUCAGAGAACAUGGACUCAUAACUCUGCCGGUGUACGUCGGCACGCUAACGGGAGCGUUUGUAGUUUUUGUAGUUUUUUUUGUAGUUUUUGUAGUUUUCUGUCUCGUAGCGUUAAAAAAUGAGUAUUAAUGCAGAUGUAUACAACGCGUGCGACUCCAGGGACCCCGACAGAGACGAAACGACACCUUUACUAACAAAUGGAUCAGUGCCGAGCAGGGCUAAAGGAGCUUCCUUUGCCUCCUGUGUCUUUAACCUGAUGAACGCCAUCAUGGGAAGCGGUAUACUGGGUCUAGCUUACGCUAUGGCGAACACUGGAAUAGUUGGUUUUUGCAUCCUGUUGAUAAUCGUGUCCAGCCUGGCAGCGUACUCUAUACAUCUCCUUCUGAAGCUAUGUGAUCAAACAGGUAUCAAUUCAUAUGAAGACCUUGGAGGGAAAGCUUUACAGAAACCAGGAAAAGUCCUGGUUGGAAUUACUAUUAUCAUCCAAAAUAUCGGUGCCAUGUCAUCCUAUUUGUUCAUCUUGAAGUCGGAGCUUCCUGCAGCCAUCAGCAGCUUCUUGAGUCCAGACAGCACAGGAAAUGCCUGGUAUGAAGAUGGCAGGUUGCUUCUGAUCCUAGUCACUCUCUGUAUUGUUCUACCUCUCUCCAUGUUGCCUAAAAUCGGUUUUCUGGGCUACACAAGUAGCGUCGCCUUUUUCUUCAUGCUGUAUUUUGCAGUUGUGAUUGUGGUCAAAAAAUGGUCCAUCCCCUGUCCGCUGCCUCACAACGUGACCACAUUUUCGGGUGCCUUCCAGAUAUCAAAUUCCUCUGACUCAGAAUGUACGCCCAAACUCUUUGUCAUCUCCAGUAAGAGCGCCUACGCCAUCCCCACCAUGGCCUUCUCCUUCCUGUGCCACACGGCUAUCCUGCCAAUCUACUGUGAACUGGACCGGCCGACUAAGACCCGUAUGCAGAAUGUUACAAAUGUCAGCAUUGGCCUCAGCUUCCUGGUUUACCUCAUCUCCGCUGUGUUUGGCUACCUCACAUUUUAUUCUCAUGUGGACUCUGAGCUGCUGCUUGGCUACGGCACGUAUUUGCCCCGGGACAUCAUGGUGAUGACGGUUCGACUGGCUAUCAUGCUCUCUGUGUUGCUGACUGUGCCUCUUAUUAACUUCCCUGCCCGUAAAGCUGCGAUCCUGCUGCUGUGUGGAGGACGGCCCUUCUCCUGGCUCAUUCACAUCAUUUCAACUCUGACAAUCCUGGGAGUGGUGCUGCUGCUGGCCAUCUUUGUGCCUGAUAUCAGCAAUGUGUUUGGAAUAGUGGGAUCGACGACGUCCAGCUGCCUGUUGUUUGUUUUCCCCGGGAUUUUCUACCUCAAGAUCAGCAACCAACCACUCAGAUCCUUCGACUCCAUCGGGGCUGGAUUCCUGGUGGUGUUUGGUUUGUGUGUGGGACUCGUCAGCUUCGUUGUCAUUAUCCUCACAUGGGUGCAGGGCUCCUAACCCUCUCUUGCAACAAAACACGGGAUAAUUGUACCAAAGAAAGUGAAAAAAAAACAAAGAUGCUGAUCAGCAUCACCUCGGGAAGAUUAUUCAUGGUGAACACUAGACUCAAAGAAUGCAAAGACUUUCACUCGUACACGCUGGAGCCUAUCCCAGGUGGUUUAGGCGGGGUAACAAACAACCAUUCACGCACAUUCACACCUACGGCCAAUUUAGAGUCACCAAUUAUUCACUAAGUGCAUGUCUUUGCACUGCGGGAGGAAGCUGGAGAGAACCCACACAGACACUAGGAGAACAUGCCACACAGAAAGGCCUGAGUCGAGGUUCAAACCAGGAACCUUCUUGCUGUGAGGCGACCACCGUGCCGCCCUCAAAUUGAGUUCAAUCUUUUGUUUUUUUUUUCAAAUGUUACUGUAACGAAAGACAGAUGAGGUUUACCGUCUCAAAACAAUUCAAGAAAGCAUCAAGCAAGUUGUGUAUUUAGUUGAUUUUAUGUACAUUUAUUUCUUUUAUAAGUCUUUAUUUUGUUCUGUGUGAAUGAUCAUGCACCUUAUAUAAAUCUACUAGUUGUCUGAACUGUAAAAUGUGUCAGGCACUGCUUCCUAAAAUUAUAGCACAUGAGUUUUAAUUCCCCGAUUUUUGACCAAAUAUUUUUAUUCACUUUAUUGUUUUUAGAUUUUUCUUUAGGCUUGUCUUUUUGAUUUUCCACACCAUGUACAGUCCAAACCUCAGGGGUUACUUGAAUUUUUUAGCGUUUGGAUCAAUGUAAAAUAAUAUUAAUGUUCAAAUUACUGGCAUUUAAUUAAAAGGGAAAUUGUUUACAUA